GGACAGGCAGGCGGCAGCCCUGGACUCCCGACCAAGAAGUAGAGCUGGAGGGAAAAGCAGGCUGCUGUGGUUGGUCUGAGGCCAGCCCCACCCCACCUGUUCCUUUUCUGGGGAUCUUUAGUCCAGAGGCUUGUUGCUGCUCUACCAUUGGCCCAGUGGACAGCAUUGAGGAGGAAGUGGCUGAGUUCAGAGCAUUUUUCACCAGGUUUGGGCCACUACACUGCUGCACCUUGGGUUCAGCUCUGCCCUUUGUGGCCCGCUGCCUGUGACACCCCCGUCCCUCAGGGGAGAUGCUGUCUCAUGGGUGGUUUCAUCGAGACCUCAGUGGGCUGGACGCAGAGACCCUGCUCAAGGGCCGAGGUGUCCACGGGAGUUUCCUGGCUCGGCCCAGUCGUAAGAACCAGGGCGACUUCUCCCUUUCUGUCAGGGUAGGGGAUCAGGUGACCCACAUUCGCAUCCAGAACUCGGGGGAUUUCUACGACCUGUAUGGAGGGGAGAAGUUUGCGACACUGACGGAGCUGGUGGAGUACUACACGCAGCAGCACGGCGUCCUCCAGGACCGCGAUGGCACCAUCAUCCACCUCAAGUACCCGCUUAACUGCUCUGACCCUACCAGUGAGAGGUGGUACCAUGGCCACAUGUCUGGGGGGCAGGCGGAGACGCUGCUGCAGGCCAAGGGUGAGCCCUGGACAUUCCUCGUGCGUGAGAGUCUCAGUCAGCCUGGAGAUUUUGUGCUGUCCGUGCUCAGUGACCAACCCAAGGCUGGCCCAGGCUCCCCGCUCAAAGUCACCCAUAUCAAGGUCAUGUGUGAGGGUGGACGCUACACGGUGGGUGGUUCAGAGACCUUUGACAGCCUCACGGACCUGGUGGAGCAUUUCAAGAAGACGGGGAUCGAGGAGGCCUCGGGCGCCUUUGUCUACCUGCGGCAGCCAUACUAUGCCACACGGGUGAACGCAGCUGACAUUGAGAACCGGGUCUUGGAACUGAACAAGAAGCAAGAGUCGGAGGACACAGCCAAGGCCGGCUUCUGGGAGGAGUUUGAGAGUCUGCAGAAGCAGGAGGUGAAGAACCUGCACGAGCGGCAGGAAGGGCAGCGGCCAGAGAACAAGAGCAAGAACCGUUACAAGAACAUUCUGCCCUUCGACCACAGCCGAGUGAUCCUGCAGGGGCGUGACAGUAACAUCCCUGGGUCUGACUACAUCAACGCCAACUACAUCAAGAACCAGCUGCUAGGCCCUGAUGAGAAUGCUAAGACCUACAUUGCCAGCCAGGGCUGCCUGGAUGCCACGGUCAACGACUUCUGGCAGAUGAUAUGGCAGGAGAACAGCCGUGUCAUCGUCAUGACCACCCGGGAGGUGGAGAAAGGCCGGAACAAAUGUGUCCCAUAUUGGCCAGAGGUGGGCACUCAGCGCGUGUAUGGACCCUACACUGUAACCAGCUGUGGGGAACACGACACAGCUGAGUACAAACUCCGCACCCUACAGGUCUCCCCGCUGGACAAUGUGAACCUGGUGCGGGAGAUCUGGCACUACCAGUACCUGAGCUGGCCUGACCAUGGUGUCCCCAGCGAGCCUGGGGGCGUCCUCAGCUUCCUGGACCAGGUCAAUCAGCGGCAGGAAAGUCUGCCUCAUGCAGGGCCCAUCAUUGUGCACUGCAGCGCGGGCAUCGGCCGCACAGGCACCAUCAUUGUCAUCGACAUGCUCAUGGAGAGCAUCGCCACCAAAGGGCUGGACUGUGACAUUGACAUCCAGAAGACAAUCCAGAUGGUGCGGGCGCAGCGCUCAGGCAUGGUGCAGACGGAGGCGCAGUACAAGUUCAUCUAUGUGGCCAUCGCCCAGUUCAUUGAAACCACCAAGAGGAAGCUGGAGGUUAUGCAGUCCCAGAAGGGCCAGGAGUCGGAGUAUGGGAACAUCUCCUACCCCCCCGCCAUGAAGAAUGCCCAUGCCAAGGCCUUUCGCACCUCGUCCAAACACAAGGAGGAUGUGUACGAGAACCUGCAGAGUAAGAACAAGAGGGAGGAGAAGGUGAAGAAGCAGCGGUCAGCGGACAAGGACAAGAGCAAGGGUUCCCUCAAGAGGAAGUGAGCUGGGCACUGUCCUGAGGCGGUCAUGAAGCCUCCAGUGAACAUCCACAGCCUGAGCCUAGGAGCUGCCAGCCCAACUCUGUUGUAAUUUAAAUGGUCUCGUCUGCACCUCCCUCUCCCAGACCCUGUAUAUAGCCCCCUCCCUGCCCCAGGCUCCAGGUGGGCCAGACCCUUCUACUCUUGUAAAUAAAGACCCCAGGAUCACUGUG